AUGCCCUUCGGCCUCACAAAUGCGCCAGCCACUUUUCAGGCUCUUAUGAAUGAUGAAUUCCGUGAUUUUCUGCGAGACUUUGUGUUGGUAUUUUUUGAUGAUAUUCUUGUGUACAGCCCGUCUAUGGACACUCAUUUGACUCAUUUGGAAUUAGUUUUACAGCGCCUACGAGACUACAGACUGUACACCAAUCGCAAGAAGUGUAUUUUUGCCCAGCCGCAAAUAGAGUACCUCGGUCAUGUGAUCUCGGCAGAAGGGGUCGCUGCUGACCACUCCAAAAUUCAAGCCAUGCUGAACUGGCCCGUCCCUCGCACUCUCAAGGACUUGAGAGGUUUUUUGGGUCUCACCAGCUACUACCGGAAAUUUGUCCAGAACUAUGGGAGUAUUGCUCGCCCACUUACGGAUCAGUUAAAGAAAGAUGCCUUCCAUUGGUCUCCUAACGCUCAGGCUGGGUUUGAAAGAUUGAAGGCAGCCAUGUGUUCCAUUCCUGUAUUGGCCCUUGCCCGAAUUCACCGUUCCUUUCACUCUAGAGGCUGA